AUGGCUACUUCUUCCUCAUCAGCAUCAACAAAAAUUAUAUUAUUAACAGGUGUCACUGGUCAAAUUGGUGGCGCAAUUGGACGAUUAAUUGCAACACAAGGUCAUACACUCAUAUUACCUGUACGUGAUAUACAACGUGGUAAAAAUGUUCAACAAGCUCUUAUUGCAGAAACCGGAAAUUCUAAUAUUUAUUUGGAACAAGUAGAUUUAGCUUCUUAUAAAUCUAUUCGUAAAUUUGUACAAACUUUUGAAUCUAAAUAUCCAAAAUUAGAUGUAUUGAUUAAUAAUGCAGCUUACACACCAUCGGCUAAGAAAACAUUAACUGUCGAUAAUUUAGAGUCAAAUUUUGCUAUUAAUAUAUUUUCUUAUUAUUUAUUAAUGCAAGGUUUACGUUCAAGUUUAAAAAAAGCGUCACCACAAGCAAGAAUAGUUAAUGUGGCUAGUAAUUAUGCUGGACAUUUAGGUAAGUGCGAGUAG